CGUCUGCUGCUAAUUGUACCGUGAUCUUUUCCUCUGAAAAUAACGCAGAAUUGCUUUCAUUAUGUCCAGAGCUAAAGUACUGAAGAUAAACUCUGAUAAUGCUGUCAGGAUAGAAAACUACCGCCAGUCACUGUAUAAGCAGGCAGAAGAGCUGUUCUCCAAUCACAUACCUUUGAAGAUCUCACAGCUUGACAAACUGCUGAAGGGGGAUGAGUUCAGUAUCACUGACCUCUCGUCUCUCCAUGCACCCCUGGACAUUCCCAUUCCUGACCCCCCUGCUGCAGAGGAGGAGGAGAUGGAGACAGAUAAAAAUGAAGAUGAUGAGAAAAAGAAGAAAGCUCCCAAGUGUGGCUUCAUCAAAGGAAAUGAGCGGAUUGUGAAGUUGCUGGAUAUUGUAAAACCAGAGAUAAUGGCUCUGAAGGAGACCUGCAUCACUGUCUCUUGCUGGAUUGCUCAUCUGAUUCCAAAAAUUGAAGAUGGAAAUGAUUUUGGAGUUGCAAUUCAGGAAAAAAUCCUUGAGAGGAUUACUGCUGUGAAGACCAAGGUGGAGGGUUUUCAGACCAACAUUAACAAGUACUUCUCAGAGAGAGGUGAUGCAGUGGCCAAAGCUUCCAAAGACACACAUGUGAUGGAUUAUCGCUCUCUGGUGCAUGAGAAGGAUGAAGCAGCAUAUUCUGAGAUCAGAGUGAUUGUGCUUGAUAUACGCGGAUUCUACGCUGAACUAUAUGACGUCAUCAGCAAGAACCUGGAGAAAGUGACAAACCCCAAAGGAGAAGAGAAGCCAUCCAUGUACUGAGACAGAUACUUACUGGGACCUUAAUAUACAUACAGUUGUACAACUAGCCCAGUUUUAAGAAUUUCUCAUUUCUUUUCCUCAUUUUUGACAUUCUAGAUACAGUAGUUGCAUGACACUUUUGACAGUAGAUGCAUCUUUUAAAUGGGUUUGUUACUAAACUUGUUAAAUUAGUCACAGUGGUAGUUGAAUUCAAAGCUACAUGUACAUCUAUUUCAGCAUAUACAAAAUUAAGGAAAACCUAAUAGCAAAUUCACUUGUAGGACUGUUCUUAAAGCAAAAAAAAAAAAAAAAAAAAAACAUUAAAACCAACAAUGAUUUCACAAAAGAUCCUGUUUCUUUAUCUACAUAAUAACACUUCAGGAAUAUAACACAAAAUGCUGUUAUACAAUGAAUUCCAACACAGUCCAGUUCAUUUUAUUUGUUUUAUUGUAACAAGCAACAAAUGUUUACAAAACCAUUUUGGAUCACUUAAAGAAUAAAAGAACUAAUGUGGAAAAACUC